AUGGCCUCUGAAUCUGAAUCUCCAGGGCUCUCCCUCCACGUAACAGUUUUUAUCGCAGAGGAGAAUAUUCCCAAGUUCUUCGAAGCUUUUCUUCCCGCCUACGAGAAAGUUACCGCCGAGCCCGAAUGCACGUUUUUCGAAGUCUACCAGUCACUCGAGAAUCCGGGUGAACUUUCGUGGGUGGAGAACUGGUCCCAGUCAAUGGAAUGGCUGAUGCAGGUGCAGCUCAAGAAGGAGUACUACGCGCCAUAUAUUGCGGUCACCGAGCCCAUGUUUGUUAAGCCGAGGGUGAUCAAGGUCGUGAAGCGAGUUGGCGCUCCGUACACCACGGUCAAGGAAGAGAAUGGUGGUCUUCGUCAUUAG